UGCAAACCAGCUUACUAUGUAAAGGAGACAAGGUAAUGACUAGUUCUAUUAAUAGCGAAUAGUCAAAGAAACUCCACAGCAUCGCAUACGUGGAUAUAUUUCCCAAUACAUCCUUGUACAUCCACCUAAAAUAAAACAAUCCGGGACGUAUGGCUGUCUUGUGACUACUGGCUUUGAAUUGUUAUUGGUGGCUUCAUGAAAUGGAGGCAAGAAACACUCAAGUGGUGAAGCAGGGAUAAGAAUAGAAUCUUACGUCUUAUUAGGCGGAACUUUAAAAACUAAACUGAACGCUACCAGCUUGACGAAAAAAAGGAUGGCAAACUCAACACCUGAUAGGUACUACAUGACGAAAGGUCUAGACGUGUUCUGCCCUAUUCGUAAAUAUGGAUUGCCGCUAAAAAUUUUUAUUAUGGUAUUAAAUAUUCUUAUGUCCAUGUCUACAAUUAUGGGCAACAAAAUUAUAAUUGCUGCGCUUCAAAGAGUAUAUUCCCUCCAUCCCCCGUCCAAACUUCUCCUUCAAUUUCUUAUGGGCACAAAUCUUUCUCUUGGUCUUCUUUCACAGCCUCUCUUUGUUAGCUUUCUUAUGUCUCAGGAGCACUCAGUAACUUGUAUUUAUCUGAAGACCCUUUUUUAUGGUACUGCUACAUUACUUGGGUCAGGGCUUAUUUUGACACUGACAGCAAUUAGUGUAGACCGACUUCUCUCUCUUCGGCUGGGUCUGAGAUACCGGCAGGAAGUAACUAUAAGACGAGUGAGGAUUACAUUGUGUUUCAUUUGGCUUCUUAGCGCUGUGAUGACGUCAACAUUCAUUUACAAUCCAUUUGUUACUACGAGCAUCGCUUACAUAACUGGUUUCCUGUGCGUUAUCACUUCGACGUUCUGUUACAUAAAAAUAUACUUGAGCCUUCGCCAACAUCACGCGCAGGUAAACGUGCUGGGCCAACUUCGUCAGGGUGAUGUCUUCAACAUCGUGCGCUUCAGAAAGAUGGUGACAGGCGUAGUUUGGGUCCAUAUUUCACUUGCGGUUUGUUAUUUACCACACACGAUAGUUCAAGCCGUCUUUGCUUUCACUGGAAUGUACACUGCUUCUUUCGACUUUAUUUGGGAUGUGACAACUUCUAUGGCUUUCUUGACCUCAACUCUGAAUCCUUUCCUUUACUGUAGGAAGGUUUGCGAAGUACGACAAGCAGUGAAAGACAGUAUCAAGCCCUUAUUUUGUUGAAGUAAGAUAAAGAACA